AUGAAUACCAAACCAAUUAGGAUGUCUACUAGUGAAUCAAACACAAUCCAUCGAAAACCAGCACGACCAAUACGUUCAAGUCAAUCAAUGGUAAGUGAUACUGAUUCUAGUGAAUCUAUAGUAAUGGAUGAUUCAUAUGAUUCAUAUGAUUAUCCUCAUUCACAGAAUUUAUCUUUUCAUUCAGACAAUACAAAUAUAAAUCUUUCUUCACAAUCAAAAAUAAGAAAUUAUAUUAAACUAUUUAUGAAAUCUUCAUCAAAUUUAUCUAGUGCUCCUAGAUUUUUAAAUUUAGUUUAUGUAUCUAUUCCAACUACAGUAACUGAUUAUAAACAUGGUAAUAUGUAUGAAGCAAUUAAACAAGAAGUAAAGAAAUAUAUUGAUGAUAAUGAAACAAGAAUAAAUGCUUUAUUAUCUGCACUUACAAAAUUUAAAGUUAUUAAGUCUUCAAUUGAAUCAUCAAUUAUUAAUAUAAAUAACGCAAUCAUAUCAAAAUUAACUCAAUUUAAUUCUUCUCAAUUAUUCAAUGGAGAUGGAUUAUUUUAUUUAAUUGAGAAUGAUUCAUCAUUAAAUACUAUUGAUCUUUUAGUAUCAAAUAUUAUUAUUACACUCCAAAGAAGAAUUAUUAUUCAGACAGGAAAAUCAUCAUCAGAGAAAAAUCAAUUUAAUGUUGGUGAUUUUUAUGGGUCAGUGGAAAAACAGU